GAAAGAAAAAAAAAGAGUGGGAUAGGCCAAAACACCGCUUUGCCCUGCUAUUUUUUUUUUUCCUUCCUCGCCCCCCCUUCUCUUUUCUCUCUCUUUGAAAACUUUUUAUUAAAUAUGCUCCGUACUGUUGCUACUCGUACCCGUGUUGGUGCCGUUCGUGUCGUUCAACGCCGCAAUGCCUCCAAUGUUGCUGUUCAAAACAUUGAAUCUCGUUGGAGCACUCUUUCCACCGCUGAACAAAACACCAUUGCCAAGCAACUCGAAGAAGCCCAAAAGGGUGACUGGAAGUCUCUCUCUCUCGAUGAGAAGAAGGCUGCCUACUACAUUGCCUUUGGUGCUCACGGUCCCCGUGCACCCAUUACCAAGCCUGGUCAUGCUACCAAGGUUGUUGCUGGUGUUGCCGGUGUUCUUGCUGCUUCCAGUGCUCUCUUCUACGCUAUCCGUCUUGGUGGUCAAGAGAAGCCUCACACCAUCAGCAAGGAAUGGGAGGAAGCUACCAACGAGUACCUCAAGAGCCAGAACUCCAACCCUAUCUCUGGUAUCUCCUCAGAGGGAUACAAGGGAACUGGUUAUGUCGUCAGCAAAUAAACAGUUUAAUAAUUCCAAUUUUUUUACACCAUAUAAAAAAAAAACUUAUUUAUACACAUCGCACGUUGAUUUCUAUCUAUCCACUCUACAACGUUGUUAUAAUAUGUUUGUCAUUAAAAAAAAAAAUUAUAGUACAUACACACA